AUGACUGCCUGGAGUACUGGACUUUUUAAUUGUUUUGACGAUUGUGGCAUUUGUUUUUAUGGUUAUUGCUGCACACCGUGUCUAUUUGGAGAAAAUGCUGAAAAAAUUGAUGGCAGCAGUUUUUGUGGUUCAUGCUGUUCAUGGUGCUUGCUAGCAGGAUGCAGUUUAUGUUGUCUAGUACAUAUGGGCAAACGACAAACUUUACGUACUCGUUUUGGUCUUGAAGAAGAUUGUAAUGAUUGUAUAGCAACAACAUUUUGUGCUGCAUGCGCAAUAUGCCAAGAAGCACGUGAACUUAAAUAUCGUUCAGCCGUUCCUGCAGGGCCAACACUAGUUGUAACACAGCCAAUGGGCAUGGGUUUUCAAUCACCAUAUGGACAACCAGGAAAUAUGUAA